AAUUGAAUAAAUGUGUGCAUAUUUAAAUCAGACAAAGCCUCGUUUACAUGAUAUAACUAACUGCACGUGGAUCCAGUUGAUAUGAGUAUACUGUAGAUGGUGCAUAUAUUAUGCAUUUAAUACUAACAAAUUAAUACUAUUAUAUUUAUUAGAAAUACCAAAAACCCUUAGAAUACUGAAAAUAAAAUAUCCGAUUGUGAGUCAUGAUCAUCUCAAGCUGUUUAUUUGAGUUCGUUUUCGCCAUUUAAAAAGGCCGUGUGGCGAAACCGCGGUAAUUGAUCACACUGUCAGUGGAUCUUCCUGCGUGUUAUUGGUCAACACCAGACAUAUGGGCGUGGUCAACGUCAGCAAGAAUCUGAUUGGAGGCGCCGUGGAGCCACGCCACUCCCCCCAGCGCGAGACUCUGUACCGCAGGAGUAAUGAAGAUAACGUUUGAUGAAUGUGUGGAUAUUUAGGAUACAGGGUGGGUUUUUCCCGGGUUUGUUUUAACCUGCAGUCUCGCGGUGGUUGUUUAACGGGCGACGGAUUAGGACGAACGACGCAAUCGAUUCCGGGGCCGCAAUCCUAAGAUCGCGCGCAAGCUCGUUACUGAAAGCAUCGUUCAGGAUGGCGAGCGCGACGGCGAGCGGAGGCUGUCAGAAGAUUCGCGGCACUCAGCUGCACGAGCUGCUCGAGUCCAAGCACAACGUGCUGUUCGACUGCGACGGCGUGAUCUGGAACGGGGAGACGGCGGUGGCGGGAGCGCCCGAGGUGGUGCGCGCGCUGAAGCAGCACGGGAAGCGGGUGUUCUUCGUCACCAAUAACUGCACCAGGCCGAGGCAGAGCUACGUGCAGAAGUUCGCGCGGCUCGGAUUUGCCGACAUCGGCGAGCAGGAGAUCUUCAGCUCGGCAUACUGCUCGGCCGCGUACCUGCGCGAUGUGGUCACCUUCAGCGGCAAGGUGUUUGCCAUCGGCUGCCCGGGCGUGCACGAGGAACUGCGCGACGCCGGUAUCGCCGUGGUCGAGGAGGAAGAUGAUGGACCGGAUGUCAACAUUUCCAACUGCGCACUGGACCCAGACGUGCGUGCUGUGCUCGUGGGCUACGACGAGCAAUUUAGCUUCAUGAAGUUGGCUAAAGCCUGCUGCUACUUGCGGGACUCCGAGUGUCUGUUCUUGGCCACUGAUCCCGACCCCUGGCACCCUCUCCGUGGAGGAAGGAUCACUCCAGGUUCUGGGAGUCUCACUGCAGCUCUGGAAACAGCCAGUAGCCGAAAGGCCACGGUGAUCGGCAAGCCGAGUCGUUUCAUGUUUGAGUGCAUCGCCAGCCAGUUCGAUUUAGAACCGGAGAGCUCUUUGAUGGUGGGCGACCGCUUAGAGACUGAUAUCGUCUUCGGCAUUAACUGUGGCCUUUCUACAAUGCUCACGCUAACAGGUGUCUCGACCUUUGAGCAAGCACAGGUAUACAAGGACAGUGGUGAGCCAGAGAAGAAGGACUUUGUCCCUGAUUAUGUGGUGGAGAGCAUUGCAGAUUUCUUGGAGGCUUUGGAGGCAUAGGAAAGAGAAUGACUGGCAGAUAUGAACGCUGUAAUUAAACCGCAGAACGCACAGCUUUUGCCUGGAAUCCCACGGUCAUUACUGUAUGUCUAAUGCUGGUUUUUCAUGGUGUACAAUUAUAUGUACAUGUCAUCAUAGUUGGAAUUCUUAGUGUAUCAUUACUGUAUUUGAUGACAUGGACAUACCAUGUUUGGUAAAGUACUUGAAUGAAUUAUGAGCACAUUCUAAAAGGAUUAGCUUAGCCAAACAAAUAGGUGAAGUUAUUUCUUAAGCCCAGAUGUUGCCGAUCACAAGUUUGCUGUUUAUUUAGAGAGGGAAAUCUUAAGAGAAGCUUAGCCACUGUCUACUUUUUCUAUCUGAAUAUAUCACUAUUCAUAUUCAAGUGAAGAAAGUGGUUAGAAACAGUUGAUAGAAAGCUAGUGCAGAAAACAAAGAGCCUUGAGAAGGAAAGCGUGUUGAGUUGAGACAGAUCUAUAGGAAAAAGGAUGUCUAAUAUGAUAUAGUUGAUCAUAUUUGACAUUAGUGAGCGUGGCUUCCAGUGAGUGACAAUUACACACUUGUCGCAAUUUUCCGUUGUUUCAGAUUCACAUGCUGAUUAAAUCCUUUCAUGUUUUAGUGCAGUAAAAAGAGAUGUAAAAUGUUGGCAGGUCUGUUAUUUGUUUUUGGAUCAACCAGAAUACGAAUCAGUAUUGAUUACACAGGAUCUGGAAACCUUUGUAUAAUACGCACACGUUCAAUUAUAAUUCAGUUGAGUGUUAAAGCAAUGUGUGACUUUCUUGAAGAGAUUUUUGUCUGAGAAGAACUUUGUGAUGAGAAAGAAAGUGAUUUUUCUACUGUUUUAGCUACACAAUGUCCUUUUAGUAGACGAUCGGCUUCAUCUGGGUCUUUAUACGUUUUUGUGUCAUCUAAGCUAUUCCUUUCAGUGUUUCAAGCACAUUCUAAAGAUGGUCAUGCAAAACCACAUCAUUCCUGCUGUAAUUAUUACAAAGCAUGGCACACAUAAUCCUGUUGGUAAAGAAACUCUUUGGGGCGAUGAAGAUACGGCAUGCCAUACACGCCCGAACAAAAAAAAAAUAUAUCAUUGCUAAUAAAAUUAUGAAUUGUGUACAUUAUACAAUUUUUUUUUUAGGUGAAACCUCCUGCCCUAAAACAGAAGCUCUUUUGGAAGUUUGAUUUCAAUUGCAUAAUAUAAUUUUAAAAUGUAACCACUAGUGAGAUCCUGGCAUCAUAAGAAGUUUUUUUAAUUCUCCAUUCUGAUCAGAAGGACUUUUUAUAAAAAGCAGAUCUAAAAUAAGUUUUGGCUGUGAGGUUUAUAUACAGUGACUGCAUUAUUGGUUUUAUUUUAAAAACAUAGCCAUUGGUUUGUAUAGUGGAUGCACCAUAUAAGCAAUUUUAAAAAUGUGUUAACAUGGUGGACAGUUUUCUGUAAGAUGGAGCUUGAUUAGGCAUUGUUCAUUGUGCAUUAACAGAAAAAACACAAGCUUUGUGACAUGGGAAAGGACUUUGCAGUUUGUAGAUUUUAACUUAAAGAGAGAAGAAAAGUAAUCCUGUGAAAUGUUUAUUGCUGCUAUAUAGUGUAAGUAAUAACAGGAAGUCAUUUGUAUUUAUAAGCACAUUAAAACGUAUAAAGUGUUAAUAUAUAAUACACAAGAAUUGUCUGAUGGCCAAAUUACUGUAGUAAAAAAGGAAUAAAACACUUCUGAAUGCACCGUUAUUGGAAAAUAAUCUGCUUCGGGAUAAAAGUUACUUCAGCCUGUGAUGUUUUUAUUCUUUACAUAAUAUAUAAAUAUUGUGCAGCAUCUCUCUAGCUUUAGUUAUCCACAUGAAAUGGAUUUCUUAUAAUUUAUAUCUUACAAAAUUACAUAAGUGACAAUCAGUUUAAUUUCUAACUGUUGUGGUGCAUUCUAUCUAGCACUCAGUACAUAGUCUGUUGUCCGUGUGCGGUCUGAGAUGGUAGCAGGUGUGUACUCAUGACAUACUAUAAUACAUUUUAAUGAAUAUAAAGUUGAUGCAGUCUGUAACACGUAGCUGGAGUUGACAUUCAGUUAGUGAAAUUGUACUGUCUUUUCUAGCAACUCUUAAUGUGUGGUGCAGUGUGUGUCAUCCCAAACAAAGUGUUCUCUAAGACUUUAUAAAGCCAUUUGGGAUUUUCCAAGCAUUAGUUAAAGUAAAGGGCCUGUCUCACAUUGUUCCUUUAAAAAAAAAAAAAAAAAUCAACCUAGAUAUUAUAUAUUUUUUUUAAAGUAUAGUGAACAUUUUCUGUAAUCUUACCAGAAGUUUAUUCUUUCGUCAUUAAAUGAUAAGUGGCAAAAUAGUGCCAUAAAACAGUUAUAUUUCAAUAAAGAAAUGCACAUCACAUUAUUGGCUGAUUUAUUUUAUCUGUUUAAUUUUCUUAAAUUCAAUGCGAGUGUAACUGGAACUCAAGCGUAUUACUGUUUAUAAAAUAAUUAUUGGUCAGUAUUCGGUUCUAUACUGCACUUAUGUGACUAAUCUAGAGCUUGUGUGACCGUGUCCAUAUGUCUUUAUCUAGACUGGACAUUCUGUACUUGAUGGAAUAUAAUUUUUUUUUAAAGAAAUAAAGUAGUGAAUUUAUUUAAUGCCAAAUCUUUGCUGUGAAAAUAACGUAUACAUGCUGUGACCCGGUUUGGCCUUUCUGGUAGUACAUUUCUGUGAUGCUAAAUUGCCUUUUUAAUAAAACAUUACCCUCA